GACAGUGACAGUGAUAGUGAUGACAGUGAAUGGGAUUCAGACUGGGUAGACUCUGACAAUGAAGUAGGCAAAGAUGAUGAUGAUCUAUAUGAAGAAUGGGUUGAUGAAAAAUUUGAGAAGAAAAAAAAAGAAGAAAUCUGAAUGGGAGCAGGACAAUGACUAUGAUACAGAUGAACUGCAGGAGCUACAAGGUUCAGAGCUUGAAGAUAGUGAUUCAGCAGAGGAAGUGGAAGUAGUAGAUGCACAAGGAAGGAAAAAAAUGAAAAAGAAAGUGAAGCUGAAAAGGUGGAGGCCUGAGAACAUGAAAGAAGUCAAUUUUCACAUAGGCAUGGUGUUCUUGUCUGUCAUUGAACUAAGAGCAGCAAUUCAGGAGUACAUUGUGAAGCAAAGAGUGCAAAUUCAUUACAUAAAAAAUGAUAAGCAGAGGAUAUGGGCAGGUUGUGUUGGAGAUUGUCCCUGGUUCUUAUUUGCUGCACCUGACAGCAGGACCAAAGCAUGGGUUGUGAAGAAGUAUGUGGGUGAGCAUACAUGUGAAAGAGAGUGGGCACUCAAGCAAUUUACAGCAAGAUAUUUGGCUGGCAAGUAUGUGGAAACAUUUAGAGCAGAUGAGAAGAUGACACUGCAAAACUUUGGCAGACUUGUUCAAUUGGACUACAACAUGCAACCUACUAGAAGUAAGCUAGCUAGAGCAAGGAGGAUUGCACUAAAGAUAAUUCAUGGAGAUGAACUUGAGCAGUAUAAUUUACUGUGGGACUUUGCAGCUGAAAUCAGAAGAUCAAAUCCUGGCAGUACCAUGCUUGUGCAUGCAAACAAUGGAAAGUUUGAUAACUGCUACAUGUCCUUAGAUGCAUGCAAAAGGGGUUUUCUGCUAGCUUGUAGGCCCAUUAUAUGCAUUGAUGGGUGUCACAUUAAGAACAAGUAUGGUGGAGUGAUGCUGACAGCUGUUGGAGUUGAUCCUAACGAUUGUAUCUUUCCCAUUGCAAUUGCCAUAGUAGAAGUGGAAGAUACUGUCACAUGGAAGUGGUUUUUGAACACAUUGAAGGAGGAUCUGAACAUACAAAACACAGCACCAUGGACAUUGAUGAGUGAUAGGCAGAAGGGCUUGAUCAAUGCUGUCAAUGCAAUGUUUCCUGAUGCACAACAUAGAUUUUGUGUGAGGCAUCUGCAUCAAAACUUUGCAAAAAACUGGAAAGGUGAUGUAUUCAAGAAUAAAUUGUGGCAAAUUGCAAGAGCUACACAUGAGGCAGACUGGAAGAAGUACAUGCAAGAGAUGAAAGAGUUGGAUCAGGGGGCCUAUGAGUACUUGGAUGCAAUUGACCCAAGGCAGUGGUGCAAGGCCUAUUUCCAUGAACUCCCAAAGUGUGAUUUGCUUCUUAACAACAGCUGUGAAGUGUUCAACAAGUAUAUACUUGAUGCCAGAGAAAUGCCUAUAGUUACUUGUCUUAAGAAGAUCAAGGACCAAUUAAUGACUAGGUUUUAUAGCAAGAAUCUGGAAUCUGAGGAGAUGUGUGGUCAAAUUUGUCCAAAAAUUAGAAAAAAACUGGACAAAAAUAUUAACAUGUCCAACAACUGCACUGCAUUACCAACUGGACAACACAUAUUUCAUGUUAAAGGCAUGGUUGGGGAGUAUGAUGUGAACAUACAGAAGGAGGAGUGUUCUUGUAGGGCAUGGCAGCUCUCUGGAAUUCCAUGUAGACAUGGAGUUGCAUGUUUAAGACAUGAAAGAAUUAAACCAGAGGAUGUUGUCAACAAGUGCUACAGCAUAGAUGCUUUCAGAGCUGCUUAUGGCAAGAUCAUAAUGCCAUGUAGUGAUCCUAGAGUGUGGCCUAAAACUAAUGGGCCUCAAAUGCUGCCACCACACUAUGAGAAGAAAGACACAACAAAAGAAAGUGCCCUGAACUAG